GUUGAUGAGGUCUAGUUAAAGAAAGGCAAAUAUUUGCUCUGGUAUUCCUCUCACAUUUAAGUUCUGGAAACAUCGAGUUUCACCACUUUCUAGCGGUCGCGUGUGUUCACCACCAUGGCAUUGUCUGUCACUGUCGUUGUGGCUUUUACCAUCACAUGCAUUACUCGGAGUGGACUUGCUCAGCUGCAACUCAACCCAAGUCAGCUCCAACUGCCGGAUGGAACGUCCACCGGUUCUGUUAAUGUUUACUGUGGAGUUCCCUCUGGCAUCACACCCUCGGCACUCAGAGAGAUCAAACUCAGACGCUUUUCAAGAGAAACCAAUAGAGAGCAGAAACUUGUUAGUGUAGUUGCUGGUGUGAAUCAAGGACAGGCAGUUCUGGAGCCUGACAGUGGUCUCCCUCAGAACACUGCGACAGUCACGGGCGGCAUAGGUCAAAGGGCAAUUAAUCUGACACUCACACAAGUCAAGUGUGAAGAUCCUACUCAGUACAACUGCGAAAUUUCAUACGAAAUAAGUAGUGAUGGUUAUUUAAACACACGAGGUAUAUAUUACAGAAACAAUUUAACAGUCACAGUUGCUCUUGGAAACAUAAACUCAUCACGUACUCCUAACUUUGAUGUGUACGCUGUGAACGAAACUGUGGAGUUACAGUGCGCUGCCAUCAUCGGCAGGAUUGACUACCUGGAAGCGUGGCGCUGGAUGUGGGAAUACUACGAUGGCAGCUCCAUGGCCUGGCGGCAGUACACUCGCACACGUGACAUCGCCAUAGCAGACCCCGCUCGCGUGCCGGGUUCUUGCUCCUAUCGUCAGACCAGUUCUCUAACACUCGUCCUGAAAGCUGAAGACUCACAGAGACAGUACAGAUGCACAUUGCAGAAAAAUUUUGAGACGAAAUCGGCCAUCAUUACCAUUGGAAAAGUCAGUCCUAAAGUUAACCGUCCCUCUACUGUUGCUGUUCCUAAAAGUAAGAUUUUGGAAGCCUAA